UCUCCGGAAGUAAACGGCUCCUCGCUCCCAAUCUCGCGCUCCGGGUACGUUGGGCCUGAGGGAUGGAGGACGAGUUGGAGCUGGAUGAGGAGAUCUGCAAGGGGGUAGUAAAGAUGGGUAGACGUGCUCAUCAAGAUUUCUUUCCAGAAGAAAACCACACUAGCCAGACGAACUCUCCGGCUGCACAGCGUCCAUCAUCUAAACCACAUAUACGUGAAGGAGUGUGGUCUGGCUUUGUUGGUGUAAAUAAGUCAAAAAAGAAACCUGCAGAACAAGAAGUUGAAGAUCAUCGUCUAAGACAACAGAGCAUAGAGGCAGGUAAUGGAGAAGAUAUACCAGUGAUCCCUGACUUGGAGGAAGUACAAGAGGAGGACUUCGCCAUGCAAGUGGCAGCCCCCCCUAGUGUUCAGGUGAAUAGAGUGCUGACCUACCAUGACUUGGACAAUGAUCUCAUGAAGUACGCUGCAUUCCAAACCUUGGAUGGAGAGAUUGAUCUCAAAUUGCUCAGUAAAGUCUUAGCACCAGAACAAGAAGUACGAGAGGAUGAUGUCAUCUGGGACUGGAACCAUCUAUACACAGAGGUUGCCUCUGAACUUCUAAGCGAAUGGGACUCUGGGCAAUCAGAAAAAGAAGAGAACCGGGCUUCCGGGGGGAGGAGCCUGCCGUCGCCGGUGGCUCAACGGAGCUGCCCUCAGAGUUCUGGACAGAGGUGUCGAACUGGCAGCCAGCAGGCCGAAUGCAUCACAUGCAGCCCACAUCCACCCCAGCUCCGCGAAAGGAAAAAGACUUGCAAUAUGUCACGUGACAGCACGAUAGGAGCAAUGGAAUGUGCGAAAAUGAAAUGAACAUGCAAAAGAAGUUGACUGAGAUGAUAAUCUGUGAUUGUACAAAGAAAAAAAUUGUAGGGAGACAUCUUUGAGAAUAUUCUGUACUCUUUAAGUAAACGU